GGCAUAGCAGGCACCGAUGUGGCGAAAGAGGCCUCUGACAUCAUCCUGACUGAUGACAAUUUCUCCAGCAUCGUCAAGGCGGUGAUGUGGGGUCGCAAUGUUUAUGACAGCAUCUCCAAAUUCCUGCAGUUCCAGCUCACUGUCAAUGUGGUGGCCGUCAUCGUAGCCUUCACCGGGGCCUGCAUCACCCAGGAUUCUCCUCUCAAGGCAGUACAGAUGCUGUGGGUGAAUCUCAUUAUGGAUACAUUUGCUUCCUUGGCACUUGCCACCGAGCCCCCAACUGAGGCCCUGCUGCUGCGCAAGCCCUAUGGACGCAACAAACCCCUCAUAUCCCGGACCAUGAUGAAGAAUAUUUUGGGCCAUGCUGUGUACCAGCUCAUUAUCAUCUUCACCCUCCUCUUUGUGGGAGAGGUUAUAUUUGACAUCGACUCUGGCCGCAACGCUCCCCUGCAUUCUCCGCCCUCGGAGCAUUACACCAUCAUCUUUAACACCUUUGUCAUGAUGCAGCUGUUCAAUGAGAUCAAUGCCCGCAAAAUCCACGGAGAGCACAAUGUCUUUGAUGGCAUUUUUGGCAACCCCAUCUUCUGCAGCAUUGUCUUGGGCACCUUUGGCAUACAGGUCAUUGCCACCAUCCCUACCAGCCAUCUUAAAUGCCUGAAGGAAGCAGGACAUGGCCCUGGUAAGGAUGAGAUGACAGAUGAGGAAAUGGCUGAGGAUGAGGAGGAAAUUGACCAUGCCGAACGAGAGCUGCGCCGUGGCCAGAUCUUGUGGUUCCGUGGCCUCAACCGCAUCCAGACCCAGAUCCGCGUAGUGAAAGCGUUCCGUAGUUCACUCUAUGAAGGGCUGGAGAAGCAAGACACCAAGACCUCCAUCCAUAAUUUCAUGACAACGCCUGAGUUCUUGAUCAACGACUACAUCCACAACAUUCCUCUCAUUGACGAUACAGACGUGGAGGAGAGCGAGGGUCCCCUAAGACAGCACUUCAGGGCCAGUCCCCCACCAUCUCCCAACAAGAACAACAAUGCCAUCGACAGUGGCAUCUACCUUAGCACCGAUGUCAGCAAGACACCUACCUCCUCAUGCAGCCCAGUUAGCCCACUCCACAGCAUGGAAACCUCCCUCUAACACAACCCUACCAUGCAACCAGUUGAAUUGACUUUGUUCACAACAAGAGGUGUCCAGUUCCUCCCGGGAGGUAGGCUAGCUAAGGAAGGAUGGGAAGCCGACAGGAGAUGACACUUCACCUCUUGGACUCAAUGGAGUUGGAAAGGACAAGGUUUUCUGCCAUUGGAUGGCUCAGGCAACCAGAGACAUGCUGACUUGAUGCAAGGAAAGCAAAUCGUAGAGGGGGAGAAACGUUUUCUUCAAUCACGCGAGAGCAUUGGGCUGAGCCCAGGGAGUGUACAGGAAAACCACCCAUUUCUCUAAUCUGUUCUUUGGGGUGCUUUUGGACACAACCACACUCACCAAACCCACAAAUGAUUCUGCAAUUGUGGGGGGGUUGCUUUGAUUUUUUCUUGUGGGACCUCUUUUUUCUCCUCUCCCCCCCGGCCCCAAUGUUUAAAAAAAGAAACUAUAUUUGCACCAGAAAAAGGAAGAAA